ACUAUCACACACCCAUAACCCACACUAUGCCUUCAGUAUCACUUCAGUAUCACUAUCACACCAGCACUCUUUACUAACCCUCUACGCUAUCCCCUCUACACUAUCCCCUCUACUAUCCCUACCCUUCCAUGCUGAUUGCAAAAUCCUCGCCUCCCACACGACCUUUCUCAACCACCUGCGAUUUCCCACUUCGACCUAACCACUACACCACCACUGAUAAACCCUCUAUAAACCUCUAAAACCAACACUAUUCAGUACGACACCCUCCCUAACAAUCCAUAUAGAAGUUUCACAACACAAAAGGGCGUGUGGUGAUACAAUUUCAGGUGCUGUCAAUAUCCCCAAUGCAUCCUCCUGGUGAACCGUCUUCGAAUUCGAAUUUGAAUUACUCAAACUCCAACUCCUCCAAUACGUCUCAAAACAAUACUACUACUAAUAAUAAUAAUAAUAGUCGAAGAAAUAUAUUUGAAACUCCCAGAUCUCCAUCUCGGUCAACUAGAACUGUAGAUCCUCCUCGAUUAAAUGAAGCACCCAGUUUAAUAUCUACAUCCCCACGAAGAAGAAAUCAUAAAUCAGUAUUUAGUGAUAGGUAUAUUCCUAAUCGUACGGGGAUUGAUCUUCAAACGGCUUUUAGUUUAUCAAAUGAAGAAGUUUUACCUGAUUUAAGAAACAAUAAAAAUAUAGACAAUGAAAUUGAAAUUCGAAAGGAAGAAGAAGCUAAUCGAACAUUUUCUACCGUAUUAAAAGCAGAAUUAUUUGGUGAUAAUGUUCCUAUGACAACGGUGGGUUUAUCUAAUUCUUUAAAUACUAUUAAUAAUUCUUCAAAUAAUCGAUUAAAUAAACCAAAAUUCCCUACCGUACGACCCAAUAGUACGGGUAAUAUGUCUACUUCAAGAACUAUUCCUGAUCAUCCAGUAACAAGUCUUACUGGAAGUCCUCCUCGACCUUCAGUACCUUCAACUCCAUAUAUAAGUUCAGUUAUUCCACCUUCCGGUUCAUCACAUAAUAAUUCAGCAACUACCAAUAGCCUUAAUUCAAUAAAUAAAGACAAUGAAGAUAAUAGUGUAACGAGUACUCCCCGUCGUAAAACUAAUCUUUUUACAUAUCAAUCACCUCAAAAAUCUCGACCUAUAUCAAGAGAUUUACAGCAAGAAUUAUAUUCAUUAUCACCAGUAAGACAAGAAUCUCAAAAAUUAUUAUUAUCACCUCAAAAGAAACCUCGAAAUAUUUCCAAAGUUCCUUAUAGAGUUCUUGAUGCACCAGAAUUAUCGGAUGAUUUUUAUUUAAAUUUAGUGGAUUGGGGUCAACAAGAUAUAUUAGCAGUUGGAUUAGGUGAUAGUGUAUAUUUAUGGGAUGGAGCUACACAAUCAGUUGAUAGAUUAUGUAAUUUAUCCAAUAAAGAUAAAGUUACAAGUUUAAAUUGGAUUGGGUCUGGAACUCAUCUUGCAAUUGGUACAUCUAAAGGAUUAGUUGAAAUAUGGGAUGCUACUAAAAUUAAAUGUGUUAGAACUAUGACAGGUCAUAGUCUUCGAGUUAGUUCAUUAGCUUGGAAUGAACAUAUUUUAUCAAGUGGUUCAAGAGAUCGAAGUAUUUUAAAUAGAGAUGUUCGAAUUGAGAAUCAUUAUAUUAAUAAAUUCGAAAGUCAUAAACAAGAAGUUUGUGGAUUAAAAUGGAAUGUUGAAGAAAAUAAAUUAGCUAGUGGAGGUAAUGAUAAUAAAUUAUUUGUAUGGGAUGGAUUAAAUCCCAAACCUUUACAUCAAUUUAAUGAUCAUAUAGCUGCUGUAAAGGCAAUUGCUUGGUCACCUCAUCAAAGAGGUAUACUUGCAUCAGGUGGAGGAACUGCAGAUAAAACUAUAAAGACUUGGAAUACUUUAACUGGUAAUAUGAUAAAUGAUGUUCAUACAGGAUCUCAAGUUUGUAAUCUUAUAUGGUCAAAGAACUCUAAUGAAAUUGUAUCAACUCAUGGAUAUUCAAGAAAUCAAAUUAUUGUUUGGAAAUAUCCUUCAAUGCAACAAAUUGCUCAAUUAACUGGUCAUACUUAUCGUGUAUUAUAUUUAUCAUUAUCUCCUGAUGGUGAGACCAUUGUGACAGGAGCUGGUGAUGAAACAUUAAGAUUUUGGAAUGUAUUUGAAAAGAAUAAACAUAAUGAACCUCCCAGUUCCGUAUUACUAGAUGCAUUUCUGCAAUUGCGAUAGAGAUGUACAGUGUAUGUAUAUAUAUAUUUAUAUAUAU